CCUUCAUUCAAUCAGCUGUCAGAGUAAUAGUAAACAUUCGGCUACUCGGUCUAUGAUAAAGAUAGAAGAUGUCAUCCGUAUGGAACACAGCGGAAAACCUUUUACUAGCACCCAGUAUGGGCCUCCCAGAUAACAGGGUCACUAGUCUCCCCGAGGCUUCAGAAACAGUUGAAGUGGGCGAUGAGAAUGAAGAGAUUUUAACUACCACUCCAAUAUCUGUAGCAUCAGCAAUUCCAGCAGUAGCAGCUGUAACAGCAGCAGCUACUCCUGGUCGGUCCUCACCAGCCCUGACUUUAUCAGGUAGUGCCCGUGGGGUCUCGGAUAGAGGACGGGGGCGAGGAAGCAGUCUGCCACCAGCCAUUGCAGAGAGACUGGCACGGCAUAAAGCUCAAGAACAGUUAGUGUAUAAAAAGAAGAUGAAACAUCUUAAACAGAUUGUGAAGGAACUCGUCUAUGAAAAUGCUGCUUUAUGUGACCAAGUUGCAGAAGUUCAACAGCAACUUGUUGUAGCUGCAGAAGAGAGAAUGUUUCUACUCAAGAGACUGUGUCAUCAUCAGACAACUGCAGAUCAUCACAACCAGUUAAAUACAAAGAGCAACAGCUACCUUGUUUUAGGUAGUGGCAGUAUUGAUAACUGGGAUGGCAAGAAGCCGAAGCAGACAACUUUGAAGCGUAAACCUUCUGAAUCUAACCAUGGAAAUAGUACCAAUGCUUCAGCAUCAUCAGGAACAUCAGACAAAGCUAUAAAGGCCAGGAAAAGUGGAAGCAAUAAACCAAAGCGACUGUGCCCGCCCAUCACCCUAGACUCUGCUGGCCGCCCCAUAUUUCCUAUAACUCUUGGCCCCCUUACCAUACAUAGCCUUGGAGAGAUUGUCAGUGAACGUGAGGCAUACCACAAUGAGCAUUGUAUUUUUCCCGUUGGCUUUUGCUCAUCAAGAAUGUUUGCAAGUCUUCGAGAUCCUCUCAAGCCAGUCCUUUACACCUGCAAAAUUGUCGAUGGUGGGCCCAUUCCAAGGUUUGAGGUCGUAUGUGAAGAUGAGGAGGAGUCUGUAGUGGUGGGCAUGUCCCCAGCGGAAUGCCACAAUCAUAUCCUCCACACCAUCAACUCAACACUCAAUAUGGACCUUCUUACUAUUAGGCCAGAGGGAUCAGACAGUGAGGAACGAGGUUGUCGGUUUUUCGGCCUAACUCAUCCCAGUGUCCAGAAUGUACUGCAGGCCUGUCCAGGUGCAAGAAAAUGCUCAAAGUACAAGUGGGUUAAAUUUGAGGUUUGUCGAAGUGAGGCAGAGGUUGAAAGUGUGUUUGAAGCAGAAAAAGAGGCCUCCUUGUGCCAUGAAGCCCUCUUGAGGAACAUCCGUUUUGCUAGACAUCAUGUUACAUCUCCUUCAUAACGAAACUUUUGUACUGGUAAAUUAGUAAACAAAUAGGUAACUGAUGUAGAUAUAUAAGAAAUAAAAGUUACUUCUUUAAAUUGGAAA